AUGGGAACAGUGAGGACACCAAACAGAACUGGGCAGGGGAACAGUGAGGACACCAAACAGAACUGGGCAGGGAACACCAAACAGAACUGGGGGAACAGUGAGGACACCAAACAGAACUGGGGGAACAGUGAGGACACCAAACAGAACUGGGGGAACAGUGAGGACACCAAACAGAACUGGGGGAACAUGAAGCCCCUCCCCCUGUCGCCCCUGUUGCCUCAGUUGUCCACGUUGACGGCCAGAGGCGGGGCCUUGGGUGGGGGUGUGUCUAGGGAGGCGUUGGAGCUGAGGGUCCGUGAGGUCGAAGAGGAGAACCAACUUCUCCGCCGUGAACUCAGCCGACCCCCCCGGAGCCCUGCUGGCCCUGCUCCACAUCACACCAAUCACCGCGGCAACCAGAGCAAGACUCACUCGGAGGAGGGAACAGGGGACAACGAGGCGGGGCUUAAAGCUGGCUCCUCGGGCAACAGGUCAGACUGUGUGCAGCAGCCAGCGGUAGACAAGUGUGAGACCAUUCACGUGGCCAUCGUGUGUGCCGGGUACAACGCCAGUCGUGAUGUGGUUACACUCGUCAAGUCAGUCCUUUUUCACAGGCGAAACCCUCUCCACUUCCACAUCAUAACGGACUCUACAGCCCAGCAGAUCCUAGCCUCUCUGUUCCGUACCUGGAUGGUCCCUGCAGUCAGGGUGGACUUCUACGAUGCAGACGAACUCAAGGCUGAGGUGUCGUGGAUCCCCAACAAGCAUUACUCCGGUAUCUACGGUCUGAUGAAGCUGGUGCUCACCAAGACCUUACCCCCAGACCUGCAGAAAGUCAUCGUCCUGGACACAGAUAUCACCUUCGCUACGGACAUCGCUGAGCUCUGGGCCGUCUUCCACAAGUUCAAAGGUCAGCAGGUUCUCGGUCUGGUGGAGAACCAGAGUGACUGGUACCUGGGGAACCUGUGGAAGAAUCACCGGCCCUGGCCCGCCCUGAGAGGGGCUUCAAUACAG